AUGACAUCUACUGAAUUGAGGAUCAUAGAAGAAGAACAGAAGAUCAAUAAGAUUAAUGAAGAGAUAAGACUGUUGGAACUGCAAAUAAGUAAUGAUUAUCUUGAACCUAUGCUAGCAAAACAAGAACAAUUCCAAUUGAUUAAGCAUCAUGAACACGGUGAUAAUUCAGCAGAAGGUUUACGACAUUUGUCAAUAACACAGUUGAACAACAAAUCAGAAGCCAUUAAUCAACAGAUUCAAGAAUUGACAAAAUUAAACACAUUCAAGACCAAUUUGGAAGAGAUUGAACAAUUGCUAUCAAAUUUACGAUUAUCUAUCAACUCAUUACUUGAUUUGCAACAUCUAAGUCACUUGUUUAAACAGAUUCAGGAUAUACCAUCCACAAAUUAUAUGAUUUACAAACAAAUAAUUCGAAAGGUUGCUUCAUUACAUAUUACAUUUGUUGAUCACUUGAACAAGUACUUAAAAUUGAUUCUUCCUGAUGAGUUUACCAUACUUCAUGCUUCAAUAAUUGGUGAUUUUAAUCAGUUUAUCACUAAGAAUGGAUAUAAUUUGAGUAUUUAUGCUGAUUAUAGAACUAAAUGGGAUGAGCUAAUUGAUCGGCUUUUCAGCAUCUGCGAAGUUAAAAUAGUUAAAGACGAAGAAGAAGAGACGGAGAUAAAGGAAGUAGAAGGAACUGAUUUCAUUACAUCAUUAAUCAACUUUGUUACUUUCAUCAAUAGGAUUAAUCAUGCACCAAUCAAAAAUUAUCUAAAUUCUAAAAUAUCUAAGCUAGUUGCUGGGCAAUUGUUUAAAAACGUUGAAGAAAUCAUUGACAAUCAAGAACAAAUCAAACAAUUGAAUGAAUUGAUGAAGCUUUGUGAGGAGACCAAUUGGAAUUUCUUGAAUAAGAUUGAAGGAAGUGGAACAAUAGAAGAGAGAUUAAAUAAAUUACAUUUGGAUCGGAUUAUAGAUGAUUAUGUUGGUAAAAUUAAACAUGUGCUCAAUGCAUCCUCGUUUGCGGAAUUGAAGGAUAUUGAUGAAGUAGUGGAGAAGCGGGGGGAGACGAAAACAAGUAAUGAUACUGAUUGGGAUGAAAGUUGGGAUGAUGGAUGGGAUGAGGAGGAGGAAGAAACAAAGGAUCCGCAAGAGUCAAAAAAUAUUGGUGAUUCUCAAAAACAAGAUAAAAUCAAGGUAUCUCAAGUCCCAGAGGAUUUGGAACAGUUAUUUAAACAAUUUUCAGCAUAUUCCAAUGACAUUUGGUACUUGACCACCACCAUCAAAGCACUUGCAUUAGUUCAGUAUCCAUCGUUAACAUUUUCAUUUGUCAUGUAUAAUGAUUUCAUAAAACUAUCGCAAAUUACCGGUGAUGAGUCAUUGGUUUCCUUCAUGAACAGUAAUUGGAACCAAAUUAUGUUGGGAUUUAUUCAAGAGUUAAAGACUCUAAUUUCAACAUUGGAUUUAGAAUCUGAGGUCAAUAUGGAAGAUGAGAUUCUAGAUGAUUACAAUUUAAAUCAAUUGAGCUUAAUAUAUAAAUGGUUUCAAGAUUUAUUCGAAACUAAGCAAUUUCGUCAAACUAACUUCAAAAAAUUUCAACAAUUGGUUAUUGAGUUGAUUGAUUUUGCCAACAACUGGAUAUUACAAUUAAUAUUCACAAUUGAAGAUAUAAGUGAAAAUCAAUGUAUCUUGUACAGUCUCCUUAUUGAAAAUUUAAACAACAUCACAAUACCCAUCUUGGGAGAAAUCGGAGUAUCCAAAGAUUCAAUUGACUCUUUCAACAAGUCAAAUAAUGUCAAAUUCCUAUUGAAUAAUCAUUUGAAAGAUAUAAUGGAUCGAUUCUAUCAAGGUGAAUUAUUUGAUUUAAGCACAAGUGAAUUGAUCAAUAUAAUUAAGAGUAUAUUCAUACCAAGUGAAAUCAGGGAUAACUACAUCAAUGAAAUCAUUGAAUUUAGAAACAUGAGCUAA